AAAAUUGCAUUAAGACUGGCCUUAGUGUGAGAAAAAUUUAUAUAUUCUACACAAAGUGCAAGUGGCGGCCAUCCAUCCAUCCACAUCCACACCCACAUUUGUUCCACAUUCCACAGGCACGGCCACGCCAUUCCUUUCAUUUUUCAUCGUCCUAUCCUAGCUAGCUAAUUUGUCGGUAGUCACAAAGCUCACAGUCAGUCACUCAAUUCGUUGAAGAAGAAGAAGAGAUCGAUCGAGAUGGAGAUGGCGGGGUCUCUUCCUGUGCCCAGCGUGCAGGCCAUGGUGGCCACCGGCGGCGGUCAUGCACCAGUGCCACCGAGGUAUCUCCGUCCAGAGCUGGCCACGGAUGAUGUCGUCGACGGCGACGCGACGGCGACUAUCCCCAUCAUCGACUUCCAGAGGCUGCUGCUGGUCGACCCCGAAGAAUCAGCGCGCCUCCAUGCGGCCUGCCAGGACUGGGGCUUCUUCCAGCUGAUAAACCACGGUGUUCCGGAGGAUGUGAUGGAGGCGAUGAAGGCCAGCACCCAGGCAUUCUUCGCGCUUCCUGCGGAGGCCAAGCAGCAGUUCCGUCAGCAGGCAGGUCAGCUGGAGGGCUACGGCCAGCUGUUCGUCGUCUCCGACGACCAGAAGCUGGACUGGGCCGACGUCCUCUACCUCAACACGCAGCCGCCGGAGCACAGGAACCUCAGCUUCUGGCCCGACAGCUUCAGCCGGACGCUGGACACCUACUCCGCCGCCGUCAAGCACGUCGCCGACCGCCUGCUGAGCGCCAUGUCCAGGAACCUGGACCUCACGGACCCGGAGCGCCUCGUCGCCGGCGGCGGCGGGAUGAUGCAGUCGGUGAGGAUGAACUACUACCCUCCCUGCGCUGAAGCGGCGGACAAGGUCCUGGGCUUCUCCCCGCACUCCGACUCGGACCUCCUCACCCUGGUCCUCCAGGUCAACCAGAUCCAGGGCCUGCAGAUCAGGAGGCCCGGUGACGGCGCUUGGCUUCCCAUCACGCCGCGGCAGGGCGCCUUCGUCGUCAACGUCGGAGACGUCCUCGAGAUCUUCACCAACGGCAGGUACAGGAGCGUCGAGCACCGGGCCGUCGUCAACGCCCACACGGAGCGUCUGUCCGUCGCGGCGUUCCACUCUCCCAGCAUACAUGCCACCAUUGGCCCGCUGCCGGAGCUCCUCGGCGACCAGGAGGCGCCCAAGUAUAAGACGCUGGACCACCAAAGCUUCAUCACGCUCUUCUUCUCCGCCAAGCUCCAGGGCAAGAGCUUCUUGGAACGGAUGAAGAAGAAGAAGCUCUCUGAUUAAUUAAUUAAUUACUCGUCCGUUCCUUUCAGGCAAUUAAUCUCACAAUCACUACACGCAUUUUAGCUUUUGGAGGCACUUGCUUUUGUUGUUCGGCCUUGUUCAGUUCUCAAUUUUUUUUAA